AAGGACUGUUCAUAUCAAUAGAUCUUCUUUCCACUUUCAAGUCACCAGCAUAUUUUUGCCUUUGGAAUUCCAUGCAAAAUAAUAAGGAACUUGUCAUUUCUGUUUUUCAGUGUUGACCAGCUCCAGCCUGAGAGGCAGCUGGUAUCACAAGAGCCCCGUGCUGUGCUGCACUCAAUAAACUGCAGCCAUGUCGACAGAUGCUGACAUGGCUAUCUUUGGGGAGGCAGCUCCUUACCUCCGGAAGUCAGAAAAGGAGAGAAUUGCUGCCCAGAACAAGCCUUUCGAUGCUAAGACAUCGGUCUUUGUGGUGCAUGCUAAGGAAUCCUAUGUGAAAAGCACAAUCCAGAGCAAAGAAUCAGGGAAGGUCACUGUCAAGACUGAAGGUGGAGAGACCCUGACUGUGAAGGAAGACCAAAUCUUUCCCAUGAACCCUCCCAAGUACGACAAAAUCGAGGACAUGGCCAUGAUGACCCACCUCCAUGAACCCGCUGUGCUGUACAACCUCAAAGAGCGUUACGCAGCCUGGAUGAUCUACACCUACUCGGGUCUCUUCUGUGUCACUGUCAACCCCUACAAGUGGCUGCCGGUGUACAACCCGGAGGUGGUGUUGGCCUACCGAGGCAAGAAGCGCCAGGAGGCCCCUCCACACAUCUUCUCCAUCUCUGACAAUGCCUAUCAGUUCAUGCUGACUGAUCGUGAGAACCAGUCGAUCCUGAUCACCGGAGAAUCCGGAGCAGGGAAGACUGUGAACACAAAGCGUGUCAUCCAGUACUUUGCAACAAUUGCAGCGAGUGGGGACAAGAAGAAGGAAGAGCAGCAGACACAAGGCAAAAUGCAGGGGACACUCGAGGAUCAAAUCAUCAGUGCCAACCCACUGCUGGAGGCUUUUGGUAAUGCCAAGACCGUGAGGAAUGACAACUCCUCGCGCUUUGGUAAGUUCAUCAGAAUCCAUUUUGGUGCCACGGGGAAACUGGCUUCUGCAGACAUUGAAACAUAUCUGCUGGAGAAGUCCAGAGUCACUUUCCAGCUCAAGGCAGAAAGAAGCUACCACAUAUUCUAUCAGAUCAUGUCCAACAAGAAGCCAGAGCUAAUUGAGAUGUUACUGAUCACCACCAACCCAUAUGACUAUCUGUAUGUGAGUCAAGGUGAGAUCACGGUUCCCAGCAUUAACGACCAGGAAGAGCUGAUGGCCACAGACAGUGCCAUUGACAUCCUGGGCUUUAGUCCUGAUGAGAAGACAGCCAUCUACAAGCUGACAGGGGCUGUCAUGCAUUAUGGCAACCUGAAGUUCAAGCAGAAGCAGCGUGAGGAGCAGGCAGAGCCGGAUGGCACAGAAGUUGCUGACAAGGCUGCCUAUUUGAUGGGUCUGAACUCAGCUGACCUGCUGAAGGCCCUGUGCUACCCCCGAGUCAAAGUUGGGAAUGAAUACGUCACCAAGGGUCAAACUGUGCAGCAGGUCUACAAUUCAGUUGGUGCCCUGGCAAAAGCUGUCUUUGAGAAGAUGUUCUUGUGGAUGGUUGUUCGCAUCAACCAACAGCUGGAUACCAAACAACCCAGACAGUACUUCAUUGGUGUCCUGGACAUUGCCGGCUUUGAGAUCUUUGAUUUCAACAGCCUGGAGCAGCUGUGCAUCAACUUCACCAAUGAGAAACUGCAACAGUUCUUCAACCACCACAUGUUCGUGCUGGAGCAGGAAGAGUACAAGAAGGAAGGAAUUGAAUGGGAAUUCAUUGACUUUGGGAUGGACCUGGCUGCCUGCAUUGAGCUCAUUGAGAAGCCCAUGGGCAUCUUCUCCAUCCUGGAAGAGGAGUGCAUGUUCCCCAAGGCAACUGACACCUCUUUCAAGAACAAGCUCUAUGACCAACAUCUGGGCAAGUCCAACAACUUCCAGAAGCCCAAGCCCGGCAAAGGCAAGGCUGAGGCUCACUUCUCGUUGGUACACUAUGCUGGCACAGUGGACUACAACAUCAGUGGCUGGCUUGAUAAGAACAAGGACCCCCUGAAUGAAACUGUUGUGGGGCUGUAUCAGAAAUCAUCCCUGAAGACACUGGCCUUACUUUUUGCAUCUGCUGGAGGAGAAGCAGGUGAUGGUGGUGGCGGCGGUGGCAAGAAGGGAGGCAAGAAGAAGGGUUCUUCUUUCCAGACUGUAUCAGCUCUUUUCAGGGAGAACCUAAACAAGCUGAUGACCAAUUUACGGAGCACUCACCCCCAUUUUGUGCGAUGUAUCAUCCCCAAUGAAACAAAAACACCUGGUGCAAUGGAGCACGAACUGGUGCUACACCAGCUGCGCUGUAACGGCGUGCUGGAAGGCAUCAGGAUUUGCAGGAAGGGAUUUCCCAGCAGAAUCCUCUAUGCUGACUUCAAACAGAGGUACAAGGUGCUUAAUGCCAGUGCAAUCCCAGAGGGACAGUUCAUUGACAGCAAGAAGGCUUCUGAGAAGCUUCUUGGGUCAAUUGAUGUGGACCAUACCCAGUACAAAUUUGGACACACCAAGGUGUUCUUCAAAGCUGGGCUGCUGGGACUCCUGGAGGAGAUGAGGGAUGAAAAGCUGGCACAGCUCAUCACCCGCACACAGGCCAGAUGUAGGGGCUUCCUGAUGAGAGUGGAGUACCAGAGAAUGGUGGAGAGAAGGGAGUCCAUCUUCUGCAUCCAGUACAAUGUUAGGUCCUUCAUGAAUGUGAAGCACUGGCCCUGGAUGAAGCUGUUCUUUAAGAUCAAGCCCUUGCUGAAGAGUGCAGAAUCUGAGAAAGAAAUGGCCAACAUGAAGGAAGAGUUUGAGAAAACCAAGGAAGAGCUUGCAAAGUCUGAGGCAAAGAGGAAGGAGCUGGAGGAGAAAAUGGUGAAACUGGUGCAGGAGAAAAACGACCUGCAGCUCCAAGUGCAGUCUGAAGCUGAUGCUUUAGCUGAUGCUGAAGAAAGGUGCGACCAGCUAAUCAAAACCAAAAUCCAGUUGGAAGCAAAAGUUAAAGAGGUGACUGAAAGGGCUGAGGAUGAGGAGGAAAUUAAUGCUGAGCUGACAGCCAAGAAGAGGAAACUGGAGGAUGAAUGCUCAGAGUUGAAGAAAGAUAUUGAUGACCUUGAGUUAACACUGGCCAAGGUUGAGAAGGAAAAACAUGCCACUGAAAACAAGGUGAAAAACCUCACAGAGGAGAUGGCAACCUUGGAUGAGACAAUCGCCAAGCUGACAAAAGAGAAGAAAGCCCUCCAAGAGGCCCAUCAGCAGACACUGGAUGACUUGCAAGUAGAGGAAGACAAAGUCAAUACUCUGACCAAGGCUAAGACCAAGCUGGAGCAACAAGUGGAUGAUCUGGAAGGGUCCCUGGAGCAAGAGAAGAAACUGCGCAUGGACCUUGAGAGAGCUAAGAGGAAACUCGAAGGAGACCUGAAGCUGGCCCAGGACAACAUCAUGGAUUUGGAAAAUGAUAAGCAGCAGCUGGAUGAGAAACUCAAGAAGAAAGACUUUGAAAUCAGCCAGAUCCAGAGCAAAAUUGAGGAUGAGCAAACCCUGGGCAUGCAAUUACAGAAGAAGAUCAAGGAGCUGCAGGCUCGUAUUGAGGAACUGGAGGAGGAAAUUGAGGCAGAGCGAACCUCUCGGGCAAAAGCAGAGAAGCAUCGGUCUGACCUCUCGAGGGAGCUGGAGGAGAUCAGCGAGCGCCUGGAAGAAGCAGGAGGGGCUACAGCAGCUCAGAUCGAGGUGAACAAGAAGCGUGAGGCCGAGUUCCAGAAGAUGCGUCGUGACCUCGAAGAGGCCACGCUGCAGCACGAAGCCACGGCUGCUGCCCUGCGCAAGAAGCACGCGGACAGCACCGCUGAGCUUGGGGAGCAGAUCGACAACCUGCAGCGAGUGAAGCAGAAGCUGGAGAAAGAGAAGAGUGAGCUGAAGAUGGAGAUUGAUGACCUGGCCAGUAACAUGGAGUCUGUCUCCAAAGCCAAGGCAAAUCUGGAGAAGAUGUGUCGCACCCUGGAAGACCAGCUGAGUGAGAUUAAGACAAAGGAAGAAGAGCAUCAGCGCAUGAUCAAUGACCUCAGUGCUCAAAGAGCUCGUCUGCAGACAGAGUCAGGUGAAUAUUCACGCCAAGUGGAGGAGAAAGAAUCGCUGAUUUCUCAGCUGUCAAGAGGCAAGCAGGCUUUCACCCAACAGAUUGAGGAGCUCAAGAGACACUUAGAGGAAGAGAUAAAGGCCAAGAAUGCGCUGGCCCACGCCUUGCAGUCUGCUCGCCAUGACUGUGACUUGCUCCGGGAACAAUUUGAGGAGGAGCAGGAAGCCAAGGCAGAGCUGCAGCGCGCCCUGUCCAAAGCCAACAGCGAAGUGGCCCAGUGGAGAACCAAAUAUGAGACAGACGCCAUUCAGCGCACGGAGGAGCUGGAAGAGGCCAAGAAGAAGCUGGCACAGCGCCUGCAGGAUGCAGAGGAACAUGUUGAAGCUGUCAAUGCCAAAUGUGCCUCCCUGGAAAAGACAAAGCAGAGGCUGCAGAAUGAAGUGGAGGACCUGAUGAUUGAUGUGGAGAGAUCGAAUGCUGCUUGUGCAGCUCUGGAUAAGAAGCAGAAGAACUUUGACAAGAUCCUGGCAGAAUGGAAGCAGAAGUAUGAGGAAACACAGGCUGAGCUGGAAGCCUCCCAGAAGGAGGCCCGCUCUCUCAGCACGGAGCUGUUUAAGAUGAAGAAUGCCUAUGAGGAGUCCUUGGACCACCUGGAAACGCUGAAGCGCGAGAACAAGAACUUGCAGCAGGAGAUUUCUGAUCUCACGGAGCAGAUUGCUGAGGGAGGAAAAGCGAUUCAUGAGCUGGAGAAAGUCAAGAAGCAGAUUGAGCAGGAGAAAUCUGAGCUUCAAGCCUCACUGGAGGAAGCUGAGGCCUCCCUAGAACAUGAAGAGGGGAAGAUCCUGCGCCUCCAACUUGAGCUCAAUCAGGUCAAGUCUGAGAUUGAUAGGAAAAUAGCAGAGAAAGAUGAGGAGAUCGACCAGCUGAAGAGAAACCACCUCAGAAUUGUGGAGUCCAUGCAGAGCACCCUGGAUGCUGAGAUCAGGAGCAGGAAUGAAGCCCUGCGUCUCAAGAAGAAGAUGGAGGGAGACCUGAAUGAAAUGGAGAUCCAGCUCAGCCAUGCCAAUCGCUUGGCUGCUGAGGCACAGAAGAACCUGAGAAACACACAAGGAGUGCUCAAGGACACUCAGAUACACUUAGAUGAUGCUCUCAGGGCACAGGAGGACCUGAAGGAGCAGGUGGCCAUGGUGGAGCGCAGAGCAAACCUGUUGCAAUCUGAAAUUGAGGAGCUACGGGCAGCCCUGGAGCAGACAGAGCGGUCAAGGAAAUUAGCUGAGCAGGAACUGAUGGAUGCAAGUGAGAGAGUUCAGCUCCUCCAUACCCAGAACACCAGCUUGAUCAACACCAAGAAGAAACUGGAAACAGACAUUGCCCAAAUUCAGGGUGAGAUGGAGGAUACCAUCCAGGAAGCCCGCAAUGCUGAAGAGAAGGCCAAGAAGGCCAUCACAGAUGCGGCCAUGAUGGCAGAAGAGCUGAAGAAGGAGCAGGACACCAGCGCCCACCUGGAGAGGAUGAAGAAGAACCUGGACCAGACGGUGAAGGACCUGCAGCACCGUCUGGAUGAAGCUGAGCAGUUGGCACUGAAAGGAGGCAAGAAGCAAAUCCAGAAGCUGGAGGCCAGAGUGCGGGAGCUGGAAGGGGAGGUUGAUGCUGAGCAGAAGCGCAGCGCUGAAGCCGUGAAGGGUGUGCGCAAGUAUGAGAGGAGGGUGAAGGAGCUGACCUACCAGUCUGAGGAAGACCGGAAGAAUGUUCUCAGGCUCCAAGAUCUAGUGGACAAGCUGCAAAUGAAAGUGAAGUCCUACAAGAGACAAGCUGAGGAGGCUGAGGAGCUGUCCAAUGUCAACCUCUCCAAGUUCCGCAAGAUCCAGCACGAGCUGGAGGAAGCUGAGGAGCGGGCUGACAUUGCAGAGUCCCAGGUCAACAAGCUCCGAGCCAAGAGCCGGGAAUUUCACGGCAAGAAGGUAGAAGAGGAAGAGUGAGGCUGUCCUGAGGCAGCAA